UCCGCAGUUGCUUCGGUCCCUCACCGACGUCGUGAUGUUAGAAUGUUUGUGUAACACAUUUAUAAGACUUAACUUAAUUUAAUUUGUCUUUGAAGAUAUUCGUCUCCGGGGGUGAUUUGUAUCAUCUUUGGCUAACGUGACCAGGUUCUGUCGGGACAUGGACACGUAGCUGUCAGUUUGUAGGUAGGUCGUCGUUGUGUGUGUUAGCUCCCGUGUUAGCUACUCGGGCCCGGUUGCCUGUAUGUGAGCACAAAGGCCGAGCACAGUUCCUCACUGUCCAACAAUGUACCCCUCCUGGGGAAACUAUGGUGGGCCCCAUUCGCAAAACUUCGGAGGACCCGGGCCCCGGAAGCAGCCGGGUGCCGGCCCAGCACCGGGUUUCGGCGGCUUCGAGGCUCCGUCCAGCGGCUCACUGUUCUCCAGCCUGCAGGAGCAGCACCUCCAGCAGAUGCAGCAGCUCCAGAUGCUGCACCAGAAACAGCUCCAGUCAGUUUUACAUCACGGAAACAACGCCGGGGCGUAUGGCUACGCGGGCCCGCCGUGGCAGCCUGAGGGCCCGGGACAUUUAGACACUACAGCUGGAGCUCAGACCUUUUUCAACCCAGACGAGGCUCCGGCUCAGCCGAACAGAGCGCCCCCUGCUCAUCCUCCUGCUCCUGCUCCUGCUCAUCCUCCUGCACAUCCUCCUGCACAUCCUCCUGCACAUCCUCCUGCUCAUGCUCCUCCACCUCCACCGCAACCGCUUAUCCCCGAACCACAACCAUGCCCUCCCCCUCCAGAGCCUGCCCCAUCAAAGCCACCAGAGAACAACAGUGCUCCCAAUCCUUCAGACACAAACAAGAAGGAUCCGUCCUCCAAAGAAGAAGACAAAUCCGUAUCCCUGCAGGAACAACAGCAACUUUGGUACAAACAGCACCUUCUGAAUCUGCAGAAGCUGAAGCAAGAGAGAGCCAAGCAGAGUCAAAAAGAGAGUGAUGGCCCAGUGGCACCAUCCUCUGGCCAGGCAGUUCCUCCUCCACCAUCAGAACCUCAAAAAAACGCACCACCUCCACCCCCACCAAGAGAGGAGCCCCCAGCACCUCCGCCACUACCUGAUGAAUUGAGGAAUGAAAAUGUAGGAAAACCACCUACAUUAACAGAUACACCUGAAGGCGCGGAAGACCCAGUAGAGGCUGCACGCCUCCAACAGUUACAAGCUGCAGCAGCACAGUGGCAGCAGGUGCAACAGCAGAGAGUGGGCUUGCAAUACCAAACUCUCAUGCAACACCACGAGAAGCUACAGCACAUCCUGGAACAGUACCAACAGCUGAUUCAACAACCAGCAGAUCUUCAGUCGAUGUCUACUGAAAUGCAACUGAGACACUAUGAAAUGCAACAGCAGCAGUUCACACCUUUAUUUCAAGACUGGGAGCACUCAUUUGCCCUGUGGUUUGAGCAGUUCCAGACCUAUCCCCACAAAGACCAAUUGCAGGACUAUGAACUCCAAUGGAAGCAGUGGCAGGAGCAAAUGAAUGCCACCAAUGCCCACCUUCAUGAAAGGAAGGCCACUCUGACUGCCAUGGUGCCGUUUGCCUCAGGCCAGUAUAAUAGUGGGAUGAUGGGACAAUAUGGCCAGUUCCCUGGACAAGAUAUGCAGCUGCGCCAGCAGUCACUAAACUCGGGUGUACAGCAUCCUAUAGGUGCUGUUGGUCCCAGAUCUCAAGGUCCACAGCCAGCUGGGUUUGGGCCAAAUUCAGAAUCACCUGCUGGACCACCUGUGAAAGGAGGUGGCCCUGCUGGCAUCAUAGAAAGACCCCCAGGUCCUCCCCCUGUUCAACCAUCAAGUUUCAACAGUGUUCAAGGUCCAAGAGGAAACAACCCCAGAUUUGACCAACCACAGCAGCGCUUUGAUGGUCCCCCUAGGUUUGACCAACCACAGCAGCGCUUUGAUGGUCCCCCAAGGUUUGACCAACCACAGCAGCGCUUUGAUGGUCCCCCAAGGUUUGACCAACCACAGCAACGCUUUGAUGGUCCCCCAAGGUUCAAUCAACCACAGCAGCCCUUUGAUGGUCCCUCAAGGUUCAACCAGCCACAGCAGCGUUUUGAGGGUCCCCCAAGAUUUGACCAACCACAGCAACGUUUUGAUGGUCCUCCUAGAUUUGACCAACCUCGACAGCGUUUUGAUGGUCCUCCUAGAUUUGACAACAACCAUGGUCCCCCUAGAUUUGAUCAACCACGGCAGCGUUUUGAUGGCCCCCCUAGAUUUGAACAACCUCGACUUGGGCAGCAGCCUAGGUAUGAACAACCUCUAAGGCACCCUGGCCCUCCCACUCAUUUUGAACGACCACCUAUGCCCCAGCAAAAACAACAGGGUCCUCAACUAAAAGCAGAAAUGGCAGUUAAACCUACCAUGGACCCAAAGACUGGCGGAAAUUCGGACGUGCAACCAAAGCUUGAAAAGGAAAAAAAUGAUUCCAGGCCAGAUGAUAAGGUGAGGUCUGAAGACUUGACAGAUGACAACUUGCUUGGAGAUGAAGGAUUUUUUGUCCAAAAUGACCCCAUUCCCCAGACCUUAAAGACAACACAGGAAGCUGAGAAUUCAGAUUCUAAUGCUCCUGAUAAAAGUGAAAAUACUAAUCCUCUUAACAAGAAGCCUCCAGCCACUACUGUGGCACUAAAAACUACUGCAGAUAAACCAGACAAACCAUUGACAAACAACAAAGCCCCAAUGCUUCCAAAGCCCCAGGGAAUACAACAGGAGCCACAAACAUCUGGCCAAAUGCUGUCAAGACAAGAGCCUCCAAAGCCUAUUCCUGGAAUGGGACGAGGACAGUCCAAUCUGCCUGCUGAAGUGCAUGGAAGAGGUCGUGGGCUGAGGGGGCGUGGAAAUUUCAGUGGACCAAACAUUGUCCCGCAUGUGGAGGAGAAGAGUGAAAUGUCCUAUAAUUGUAUACCACCUGAAGAGGACUUAGGAAUGUCGGAAGACCAGCAAGAAUGUCACUGGCAAGAUCCUUCAUGUGAGGAGUAUGGUUUGGAGGAAUCAGAGGUGCCCCCUGAAGAAAUGUGGAUGCCAGAAGAAAAUUACUUUCCAACAGAGGAAGAAUAUUAUGAGGAACCAAUUGGGGGACCAGCUAUAGGGAGAGGAUACCCCCCAAUGAUGAGAGGAGGACCCCCAAUGAUGAGAGGGAGACCCCCAAUGAUGAGAGUUGGACCCCCCCCAAUGAUGAGAGGUGGACCACCAAUGAUGAGAGGUGGACCCCCAAUGAUGAGAGGAGGGCCCUCAAUGAUGAGAGGAGGUCCACCAAUGAUGAGAGGAGGUCCACCAAUGGGUAGAGGAGGACCACCUAUGUCUAGAGGGGGUCACCCAAUGGGUAGAGGAGGGCCACCAAUGGGAAGAGGAGGUCCACCCAUGGGUAGAGGAGGACCACCUAUGUCUAGAGGGGGUCCCCCAAUGGGUAGAGGAGGGCCACCUAUGGGAAGAGGUGAACCAGUGGACAUGCACUGGGAAGAACCUCAAUCUGCUGAAUAUUUUGAGGAAGGUGACCCUUACUGGGAAGAGAGGAGACCUUUAAUGAGAGGAAUGAGACCUCCAUUUCCACCUGGCCGGGGGCGCCCCCCACGUGGUCAUCCUGGUUUCAUGCUCCAAGGUCGAGGACGCCCUCCUCAUCCAGCACCUGGGCCAAUGGAUCAUGUAAUGGACACUGAUGAUGCAGAAACUGAUCCAGCAGGACAUCCCAAUUACCAUGGACUAGAUCCUCACAGCCAUCCAUUGCAUCCUGAUGUAGAAAGAGGUAGGCAUCGUGUGCCACCACCACACUAUAAAAUGGAGUCUAUGGAGGAGCCUUUUUAUGACGACGAAAUGGAAAGAGAGGAAGGAUGGGAACCAACACAUGACAGUGGUCCCCCCCUGCCUCCACAUGAGAUAAUGGAUCGGGGAGGAAUGAGAAGGAGACCUGUGGGUCGAGGAAUGGCAAGAGGGAUGUGGCGGUCAGGUCCAGGUCAACAAGAAUUUGAAGAGGGCUAUAAAGAGGGUUUUGUCGAGGAUUAUGGUCAUGGAGAAGAUGGCCGCCACUGGAGGCCACCACGGGACUAUCCUCCUGAUGACUAUCGACAUGAUGCCAAGUACUAUGAGUCUGAAAGGGACAGAGACGGUGCUCUUCCUGAGAGGGACUAUGCCCCACGCUUGCCUCCACCAGAUCCUUACAGAGAUGGCCAUUGGCGAGAUGAGCGGGAAAGAGAUAAAGGUUACCCACAUCCAUAUAAUGAGCAUGACAGGGCAAGAGGAGAGCUGAGAAUUCGUGAAUACCCUCCCUCAGAAUGGGACGGGUCUUCAAGACCACCUCCAGAGAGAGGAUAUCCUCCUGACUAUGAAGAUCGCAGACCUCGCUACGAUGAGCACAGGGAAGCCCCUCCUUUGGAAAAACUUCCACCAUCACUCCCAGCUGCACCUGUCAAAAGCAUAGCAGAGAGUUCAGUUGAACCAUCACAAGACACAAGUGCAGGAAAUGUACUUGCUCUUUCUCAACGUCAGCAUGAGAUCAUCUUGAAAGCCGCUCAAGAGCUUAAGCUUAUAAGGGAAAUGCAGGAGGUGAAGACCCCUGAUCCUGAACCACAGUCUGCACCUACUGACGUCUUGCCCGAGCUUCCUGCUGGUCUUCUUGGUUUGGAGAUCCCAGCAGAUAUCAGGAAUGUUUUGAAGGGCAUGAGUGCAGCAGCACAGACGGCUACACCUGAAUCUGUACCUUGGGAUUCAAAGCCUGGUGCCACAGAUUACAAGCCAGUCCUCUCUGCUGCACCUACAGCUUCGGUGAUCCCAAAGACUGUGGAUUAUGGGCACGGACAUGAACCUGGUGCCACUGUUGAGCGGAUGGCUUAUGGUGAAAGAAUCGUGCUGAGGCCUGACCCAUUGCCUUCGGACAGGGGUUAUGAAAAAGAGCUUCUUGGUCUUAGAGAUCCAUACAGCAGAGACCUAUAUUAUGAAAGGCGAUCAGACCCUUACAUGGACCGCCGAGAGUACAGUAGAGAGAGGGAGUUGUACAGAGAAAAACACCCCUCUGAAUAUGAAAGAGAGAGACACGAGAGGGACCGCUAUCCCCCAAGAGAAAGAGAUAACAGCACACAGUCCGUGGUUGAAGAAAGAUCUCCACUGGCAUCUUCUCUGCGCUCGGGGUACAGGGAGCGUGAGUGGGAUCCUCGGGACCGUGACCGAAGUGGCAGCCGCGAUCGAGACGAUCAUUAUGGAAGGUCUAGCUAUGAUAGACCUUCAUAUGAGCGUGCUGGACUUGAACGCAGUGGGCCUGAGCGUUACAGCCAUAGCUCCUCGCCCUUUGUGGACAGAAGAAGUUAUCCAGAGGAACGGCCUCCUAUUGCACCACCUCUACCACCUCCGCCUCCCCCCAGAGUUGAGAAGAAGCCAGAAAUGAAGAAUAUUGACGAUAUCCUCAAACUACCUGGCAGAUCAUCUCGACCUGAACGGAUUGUCAUAAUAAUGAGAGGACUUCCAGGAAGUGGGAAAAGCCAUGUUGCAAAGCUUAUACGGGACAAGGAAGUGGAUUGUGGUGGUGCCCCACCGAGAGUUCUUGUUUUGGAUGACUAUUUUAUGACGGAAGUCGAGAAAGUUGAGAAAGACCCAGACACGGGCAGGAGAGUCAAAGCCAAGGUUCUUGAGUAUGAGUAUGAGCCAGAGAUGGAAGAGACCUACCGGAGCAGUAUGCUCAAGACCUUCAAGAAAACCCUGGAUGAUGGCUUUUUCCCCUUCAUCAUUUUAGACUCUGUAAAUGACCGCGUCAAACAUUUUGAUCAGUUUUGGAGUGCAGCCAAAACGAAAGGUUUUGAAGUAUAUCUGGCGGAAAUCACUGCAGACACUCAGACCUGUGCGAAGAGGAAUGUCCAUGGACGCACACUUAAGGAUAUAACGAAGAUGUCCAACAACUGGGAGCAUUCACCGCGUCAUAUGGUGCGCUUAGAUGUCCGGUCGUUGCUUCAGGAUGCUGCUAUUGAGGAGGUUGAAAUGGAAGACUUUAAUCCUGAUGAUGAGCCCAAGGAACCCAAGAGAGAGGAGGAAGAAGAGGGUGAUCUGGGUUACAUUCCAAAAAGUAAAUGGGAGAUGGAUACAUCCGAGGCUAAACUAGACAAGUUGGAUGGUCUUGGUAGCAGUGGGAAGAGGAAACGUGAAAGUGAUAACACGGCAGACCUGGAGGACUACCUUCAGCUGCCAGACGACUAUGCCACGCGCAUGUCCCAACCAGGAAAGAAACGGGUUCGAUGGGCUGAUCUUGAAGAGCAGAAGGAGGCGGAUCGAAAGCGCGCUAUUGGCUUUGUGGUGGGUCAAACGGACUGGGAGAGAAUCACGGACGAGAGUGGUCAGCUGGCACAAAGAGCUCUCAACCGCACCAAGUAUUUCUAAGAAGAAGAAGAAAAUCUUCUCCCCCCUUUUUUGCUUCUUUGAAAGGUGUCCAGAAUGUGAAAUGUGUCCCCGAAGCUCGAGACUCAUCAGAGCGAUAACCACCAAUAGAUAUCAAUUUCUGAGUUAAUCAUAGAGAAGGAUACGGUUGAAUAUUUUCCACCUAAUUUUAAAAGACACUCCCGACUACUUCUGAUGAUAUAUUAUGUUUUCAGUCAUGUUUUUUUUUUAUAUAUAUUGUUCAUGUUUUAUUUGCUGUUGUUACCUGUAGCACUGUUUCUUGGUCAAUGCUUACUUGGAAAAAAAGACAAUAAAACUUUUUUACAAAAAUCAUCAAGUCGGGGGAAAUCUUCCUGAGGGCUGUCAUCUGCACAUCAUCAGCUCCAAAAAUUAUAUUUCACAAAUCACUAAGAGCAGAGAUUAGUCAAAUACUUAUCACUCUUGACUUUUUUUGUCAUAGUGCAGCUGAAGUAAUGGUGUGUUGUUGUUUUUUUAAAUGUUCUCAUCCUUUCUAUUUUGUAUAGUUUUAAUUUUCUAGUAAAACUCUGAGACGUUGAAACAUUUGACAACAAUUUUAAGCUGCUCAUGAUUUGAAUUCAGUUUGGCUUGUUGUGGUCUUUUCAUUGGCUCUGUGUGCUGCUUGUGUGGAUUUGCAUUUGUCUGAGUAUGGACGAUUACAAAACUACCUCACUCCUGUGUCCAAAUAUAAUCACAUCAAAUAGUUUUUUUGAUUAACAAAAAACACAAUCGCAGUUCGAGUGAUGGACCUUUCCAAGGUUCCAGCGCAUUAAUAUAAACAUUUAAAAGACAUACAUUCAUGAACACAGAACAACUAGGAGAUUCAGUGCUUAAAGGUCCAGUGUGUAAGGAUUUGUGAGCGUGUAGUUGUAACGGAUGACUCUACUGCUCACUCCUUUCUUUCCUAAGCAUGUCAUUGAACUAUGGUGGCCAUCUCAACCACAAGGCGUGUCAUUCUUCUUGGUUUAAAAACGGCAAACGCAAGCUACUGCUAAUCUUUCUGUUCUGUCUGCUUACGCAGCAUGACAGGUGCAAAGGCCCUUCCCUUAAAUACAUGUUAAGACUUAUUCUGAAGCUAUGAAAACCUUGAUGUUAAAGCACUGGACCUUUACAGGCUUGUUUCCUUGAUGGCGCAUCGCAGCUGCUUUUCAAUACAAGAAUAGUGUCUUCAUUUUGAUGACUAAAUGUCUCCUUUUGAAUCAGUUUUUGUAAAUGUUGACUUAAGUGCCCAUAAGUGAACACAUUGAACAAGCUCACGUUGAACAGAUGAUCUAUACAGAGUCUGCAAUGACUGCCUAGUCUGGUAAAUGUUAAAUACACAGUGGCAUAUUUAAUGUCUUUGAAAUGAUCCAUUUCGCACAAGAAUAACCAUUUUCUACUAAGUGUUUGAAACCCCAUUCAGACCCAUUCGUGAGUGAUCCGCUCACAUGCAGAUCACUCCAAGAACGGGUCUGAAAACUCCCAAUCCACCCUGAAUGAUGUCUUCAGUCUGAUCAAAAAACAACACAUUUAGAGGUUGUUUGAGGAAGAAUGUGACCAGAUUUCUAAGCAUGCUUGAAUGCUAUCAAUCCUCAGGACCGAUUAGAGACCGCCUCCUCAGCUGAUAACCUCAGUUUCAGAUUUCAUUUUAUUUCAUUAUUUUACACUACUCAGAUUGGCUAAUACAGUCAUUUGAAGCUGUUGCCACAACAUCCACGCUGACGGUCACAUGAUUUUCUUUAUUCCAUUCAGAAAUUUCAUGUUACAGCAGCGUGUGUAGAGUGUCCACUCAAGCUCCUCUCGUCUUGUUUCUGUCACUCGCACACACAUACAAACGAUGUCAGACUCAUUUAAAAACACUUAUAACGUCACUAUUACAUUAUUAUGACACUCUAAGGCAGGUGAACGCCACAAUGUUUACAUAAUGCCAGGAUGGAUGUUAUUACCAGGUCUGAAUGGGGCCUUAAAUGCAAAAACAUUUGUGCAUACUGCAGAUAAAUGGGAAUUUAGAUUGGUAGUAUCAUGGUUGCAUUGUAUGGAAAUAUACUGUGCUUUCAUUUGUAAAAUAAAUUUUACAUCUACAUCCUUUGCAUCCUUGGGAACCGGAGCAUCCAGAAUUGUCAGACUUCAGUCAUUUUGACCUGGCGUUUCUACCCUGAAGACGAAGCAAGGAUCAGUUAUGAGUGAAAAUGCUGCUGAUGAAGACCCUGAUGACCCGAGGGACAACCCACUCACGACAUCAUGACCGAGAAGCUGAAUGAAUGGAUCCAUAGGGUAAGUAAAGAAGAGAUCAAGAAAUUACAUUAUAACUGUUACAUCUGUGAACACAUUACAGUUAAUGAUAAUGCUCUUAAUGAAUUUGUCUAUUUUACUUCUUUUAUACCCUGUAUAUACAAUGACAACAAUGUUCUCUGUUGAAUAUUAAAGAUUUUUUUUUCCUGA